AUUUAACCCAUGCAAUACUGAACAGAAGGCAAGCAGGUUGACUUCUCUGGCUCCUUAGGCAGCGGGCAGAGCUGCUGAAACUACCACCGGUCCAAACAUGUCAGGAACAGAAGACAUCCUCCAUAGUAAAUGUUUUUAAUUUCUUUAUGGACAGUGCUUUGAUUUGUAGUGGCAGAAAACCCCUUAGAAAUGUCAUGAAGGAAAAGAUCCUUUACUGUUUCACAAAAGUGAAAACAGGAAGGAAAUAUUCUAAUUCAGAAAGCGGCUGUUCUCCACUCUCUUCCCCGCCCCACUUGGUAUAGUGAGUGAUUAAGUCAUCUCCUUCCUGCCUCUUUGUGGGCGUGAUAUAUAACAUAUACAAACUUUGCCCUUAUUUCAGGAACUUUAGCCAAGAGGGCGGGUGUGGCUGCUGUAGUGGAGCCGCAUAAAGUUUCCCUUGACACACAGCAGACUGUUCUGACAUAAGAACACCUAGGUGGGUUUGAAGAUGCUGCUCCAGUUGCUCUCUGUCCUCUGGGAGGCCUUGUCCCUGCAGGUCGUUCUGGUGUUUCUGGCAACAUUUCUACUUAUUGCUGAUUACAAGAAACAGAUUGGUCCAAGGAAUUUCCCCCCAGGGCCCAGGCCUCUUCCCUUUGUGGGUAACAUGCUGCAUACGGAUUUCAAGAAGCCUCAGAUUUCAGUAGCCAAGCUUGCAGAAAAAUAUGGCAAUGUAUUUGGCCUUCGUUAUGGAAGCACAAGGGUUGUGGCUGUGAAUGGAUUACACCUGGUGAAAGAGGCUCUUGUCCAUCAAGGAGAAUAUUUUGUAGAUCGACCAAAAGCCCCUGUUAUUGAUAAGUUAUUUGGGUCACUUGGACUGGUCUUCUCUAAUGGUCUCAUCUGGAAACAACAAAGACGAUUUGCCUUAUCAACACUCAGAAACUUUGGUUUGGGCAAAAGGUCUUUAGAAGAAAGAAUACAGGAAGAAAGCCGUUACUUAAAGGAAGCAAUAGAAGCUGAGAAAGGGCAGCCAUUUGACCCUCACUUUCAGAUUAAUAAUGCUGUUUCAAAUAUCAUCUGUUCCAUCACUUUUGGGGACCGCUUUGAAUACCAUGACAAUCGCUUCCAGAAGCUACUGCACUUGCUUGAUGAGGCAUUGCUUAUUCAGGGAAGUGUUUGGAGUAUGCUGUACAAUAUCAUUCCCUCUGUCAUGAAAUACCUGCCAGGGCCCCAUCACACACUUUUUAAAAAAUGGGAGCAGUUGAAAUCCUUUGUGAGAGGAAUCAUUGAAAAACACAAAGAAGACUGGAACCCAUCUGAACCCAGAGACUUCAUAGAUGCCUACCUAAAUGAAAUGGCCAAGGAGGAUUCUGCUUCCAGUUUCCAUGAAGAAAACCUUCUACAUUCAGCACUGGAUUUAUUUCUUGCUGGAACGGAAACAACUUCUACAACCCUGCGUUGGGGUUUGCUGUAUAUGGCCAUUUAUCCAGAUAUUCAAGCAAAAGUCCAAGCGGAAAUAGAUUCUGUGAUUGGCCAGUCUCGCCAGCCAGCGAUGGAUGACAGGGACAGAAUGCCAUACACCAAUGCAGUUGUUCAUGAAAUUCAAAGAAUAAGCAACAUUAUACCUUUGAAUGUGCCUCGGUUGACAACAAAGGACACUACACUGGCUGGGUUUCAUAUUCCCAAAGACACUAUAUUACUUACCAACUUGACCUCACUGCUCUUUGAUGAGGAUGAGUGGGAAACACCCAAUGUGUUCAAUCCUGGUCAUUUCCUAGAGAAUGGUCAGUUCAGGAAAAGGGAAGCGUUCCUGCCAUUCUCUGCAGGAAAGCGAGCUUGUCUGGGAGAGCAGUUGGCAAGGACCGAGCUCUUCAUUUUCUUCACAGCCCUAAUUCAGAAGUUCACUUUCCAGGCUCCAAAAGAUGUGACAUUAAGCUGUGAAUUUAGGGUGGGUCUGACUUUGUCUCCCCUGCCAUACCGGAUAUGUGCAUUCUCUCGCUAAGAGGGCUCAUUUUACAUUAUUGCCAUUUCUUCAAUAAGUAGGAUUAAUUUCUGGUGUAGGAACAGAUCUUUGGCUUAAUCCUGAUUGAUUUGAAUAACAGAAUUUGAAUGAGGGGGUGGAGUGGAGAUAGCAAACAAGAAGUGAAACUAGACAAAGAGUCCUGUUUUCCUUUCCUCCCUCACAAUGCAGUAGUUUCAAUGUUUCAACUUCAUUCUCAAUCUAGCUGAGUAGACUUGUGUACAUUGUAAGGUCAGUUAACUAUCCAGGCAAUUCUCUUUGAGUGCCUGGACUUUGACAUCCACCCACCCACUACUUAUUUGCACAGAACAGUUUCUAGGGAAUGCUUGUCUCAGGUGUGUCCAGGCAAGUUAACAUAGACAACUGGAAUUAGCAGCUCUUUAGGACCCUGGGGUGUUUCUAUCACCAGGUGUCCCAAACAUCUCAGAUUGGCUGAAAGCAUAGAAGCAGGUGUUGCUUGUUUUACUCUCUCUUUCCUUGGGAGAGAGAACAAAUGGCUUGCUGCUUUCCCCCCCUUUCCUUUAAGGAAGUUCAAGUCAAUGGCGGGGUCCCCUAGCUGACACUGGUCCAGUUCAAAAGAGCGUAGAGCACACAUCUUCCUGCGUAGCUCUGAUGCGUCUUGUCCAGGAGGAAGACAGCUGAUUAAUCCUUGUGAAGUUCAGCAUUCUGAAGGAUGGCUGCAAAAUG